CUGAUAUACAAAAAUAAGUGACAACAAAGAACAGAGGAAGAUGAGCAGAAAUGUGUUCUCCCCUUUAUUGUUGUUCCUCAUCCUCCAACUCCUUAACCCCUCUGAAGCCGAAAAGAUAGCAGUUUACUGGGGCCAAAGCACCAACGAGGGAAACCUUACUGAAACAUGUGCAACAGGAAUAUACUCUUAUGUCAACAUAGCAUUCCUCUCCACGUUUGGGAAUGGCCAAACCCCUAAACUCAAUCUGGCAGGUCAUUGUAACACUUCCACAAAUGGGUGCACUGAGAUUGGGAGAGAUAUUAAGAAUUGUCAAAAGCAAGGGAUCAAGGUGAUGCUUUCUAUUGGAGGAGGAUCAGUCACUUACUCUCUAACUUCGGUUGAGGAUGCCAAAAAUGUGUCAAAUUACUUGUGGGACAAUUUCCUUGGUGGAUCCUCCUCAUCACGCCCAUUCGGUGAUGCAGUAUUAGAUGGCAUUGACUUUGACAUAGCAGGAGCUGGAUCAUCAUACAUGGGGAACCUUACAAGUUACCUCAAAUCACAUUCAUCCACACGCAAAGUAUACUUGUCAGCAGCUCCUCAGUGUCCAUUUCCUGAUGCUAACCUGGGUGAGGCCCUUGAUACAGGCUUUUUUGACUAUGUCUGGGUACAAUUCUAUAACAAUCCUCCAUGCGAUUGUACCCAAGAAAAUUUCAAUAAGUUCUUAGAAGCAUGGAACAAAUGGGCCUCAUCAUUGAAAGGAGGGAAACUAUUUUUGGGGUUACCAGCGGAUCAAGCUGAUGCUGGAAGUGGUUAUGUUGCAGCUGAUGUAUUGAUGUCUCAGAUUUUACCUGCAAUAAACAAUUCAUCAAAAUAUGGAGGUGUCAUGUUGUGGUCAAGCCACCCUGAUAUAAUGAAUGUAUACGGUACUUACAUUCAAAAUUUUCAAUUAAAUGAGACAACAAAUCCUCUGUGCACACAGCAAAGCCUUCCUUCAUGCAGGAGUCGGGAUGGCAAUUUUGUUGAACGUGUUGGUGACAUGUCCACUGUUGGCAUCAAAGUUUAUGAAGACAACAAUGGAACAAACUGCUGUGAGAUUGCAUGUAAGAACAACUGUUCCUGUGAAGCAUAUGCCCCAAUAAAUCACAUUGACAGUACCGGAUGCCAGAUAUGGGUCAAAGGAACCAAAUUUUUCAAAGCUUCAGGGGAUUUAGCACUGCCAAUCUACGUUUCUGUUACACUGCUUCCAGAAGAACACAAAGGAAAGGGGUGGUGGAUAUGGCUCAUCCUUGGGGUGGGAGCUGCCCUUGCAAUGCCUGUGAUCUUUUAUUUAUGUCGGGCCUUGUUGAGAAAAUACAAAGCAAAAGUGGAGAGAAAGAAGAUGCAGGAGAAGAUAUUGCAUGACAUUGGAGGUAAUGCUAUGCUUUCAAUGGUGUUCGGCAAAACCAUAAAAAGUAAGAACAAGGGAAAGACAAGCAAUGAGGUUGAAAUAUUCACUUUUGAAACCAUCGAUGCUGCCACAAACAAUUUUUCAGUUGCUAAUAAGCUAGGAGAGGGUGGUUUUGGUCCAGUUUAUAAGGGAACUUUGAGUGAUCAGCAAGAAGUAGCAAUAAAGAGACUAUCAAAAAAUUCUGGACAAGGGCUAAUAGAGUUCACAAAUGAAGCCAAACUCAUGGCCAAACUUCAGCACAUUAAUCUUGUAAAGCUUUUAGGGUUCUGCAUCCAGAGAGAAGAAAGAAUAUUGGUCUAUGAGUACAUGUCUAACAAUAGUUUAGACUUCUACUUGUUUGGUAGGCUUUCUUUUAUCUUAACAAAGGGAAGAAUGUGCCAAAUGUUAGCAUGUAGAAUAUUAACAAGCAUCCUUGCUUUAAACAGAUUCUGCAAGAAAGAAUUUGCUCGACUGCAGAAAACGGCUGAACAUCAUUGGAGGCAUUGCUCAAGGACUUCUGUAUCUUCACAAGUAUUCAAGACUAAAGAGCAUCAGAAGAAAAUACAAAUAGAGUUGUUGGUACAUAGUAAGUUUGUUUACAGUCAUUCAUUUUUUAAAUUUCCAUUUUCUAUUUAUCUUUAUGCAAACAUUUGUCUUUGUAGUGGAUACAUGGCUCCAGAAUAUGCAAUAAAUGGUGUUGUGUCAAUCAAAACAGAUGUGUUCAGCUUUGGUGUACUGCUACUUGAGAUACUUAGUGGCAAGAAGAAUAACAGUCGCUAUCAUUCGGAUCACCCACUCAACCUUAUAGGAUACGCGUGGCAGCUUUGGAAUGAAGGCAGAGUUCUGGAGCUGAUAGACCCAACAUUAAAUGAAUUAUGGUCUCGCAAUGAAGUUUUGAGAUGUAUUCAUAUUGGCCUCUUGUGUGUACAAGAUCAAGCGACAGAUAGACCAAACAUGGUAGAUAUUAUUUCAUUUCUAUCAAAUGAUACAAUCCAAAUUCCUCAACCAAAGAAGCCAGCAUUCUUCAUCAAUCAGAUUGUGGAAGAGUCAGAGCCUCCUUACAGUAGGCAAGAAUUUAAUUCCUUAAAUGAUGUAACACUGUCUAGUACGCAUGGAAGAUAAUUGUACAAUUGUGUACACCGUAAUCUACUUUUUAAGAUUUUGAAGAAAUUACAAACGAUUAUUACCUGGCUGAAAUUUCAGCAUCAUUUUGGCCGUGAUAGUUCUUGGUUUUGUUGUUUAUGCUAAGAAAGCAUGGCUUUUAGCCUUUCACUCCUUUUAGAUAAUAUAUCUGAUUAUUAAUUUAGCAAGCAACAAAUGUAUGACCUAGUUGGCUUUUGGUCGUCUUUUAUAUCUUCAUUUCACAAAUUUGAUCUUAUUAUUUUAAUUCUAUAAUUUUUAUUCA